AUGUACAAUAUUCCUUAUGACGAAUUCGCUAAAACACUUGACUUUCAUAUCCCAGAACAAGUUAGAUUAUUAUCAAAAGACUUAGCUAUAAAAUUGUUUCAUGAAUUCACGAACUAUGAAAGCUCAAGCGAAGUUAUUGACGGGUCUUCAAUAACAUUAGAUAAGAUACCAAUAUUUGCAGUAUAUCACAAUCUGAAUCAGUAUAAAUGUUUGCCCUAUUAUACACAUCUCUAUCCAUCAUGGUAUUGCAUUCUGAAACGUAAUGAUCUCGAGAGUAGAGAUUGGAUCAAGCAUAUUGAAGACUUUAAGAUCAUGAUUCAAAAUGGAUUUAGAGCUGAUAAAACCUUUCAUGCAUCUCAAAUCAACGAAUUUAUUAAGUUCUUAGAAGGAUACAAGGAUAAGUUCAAUGAUGUAGUUGUAUUUCUCGAAAAUAUUGAAAAUAAUGAUCAAACCAACUUAGGAACUUCAAAAUUGAAGUGUUUAAUCAAGAAGAGAGCUGGAAUUAUGCCAAAUACAUCAUGUUGCUUUGGCCAGAACUACAUUUCAAUGCUUGCACAGUUCCUUUUAGAAGAAAUUAAAGUUGAUAAGAAAGAAUCCUCAGUAGUAACACAAGUUGAUGGCGUAACAAUGAUAAAUGUCAAGAAUUGUUACAAAGGAACCGAGAUACAGUAUCUAUUGACAUCAAUUUGCUAUUCAUUACUGUUAUACAAACCAGUUUUGGCCCAAUUUCUCUAUGAUUUCCUUUGCUUUUGUAUAGGAGCACAGUAUGAAGAGAAUUAUAGAGUAAGAGCUCUUGGAAAUUUACUUAAUAGAGAAAGAUCAGAAGGAACAAUCUUAUUCUACGAAUUGUUCAAUGACAAAUACAAUACAGAAGACAUUUUUAUGGAUUCCAAGGCAUUAAUGACAGAUUUUUUGGACUAUCUCAAAGAAACACAACCAAACUUCAUUACUUCAUCAGUUGGAGAUGUAACUUACACAGGAAUGAUCAACAACAAGUUGUUUAUGGCAUCACAGUACAUUAAUAUCCCUUAUGUUUAUGAACCUGAUUAUGAUAGUUACAGAUCAAUAGUUAAGAAGCAAUUAGAAGAGUAUACAAAUUCUAGAAACAAAAUUGAAAAGGAAUUAGAACGUCUAUUUUACGAAAGAAAAGAAAUUCACAAUUUAAUUGUAUCAAAACUUGAUAAGAAACCACUUAGUUUGUAUUUUAACAUAAAACAACAACCAGGUCACUACAUGAAAUUAUGCAAAUCCGAUGAAUUGUUGAUCCAAGAAAAUAAUUUUGUUGAUCAAGAGAUAUCUCAACAGAUUGAGAAGAAUUAUAAAGAGUUUACACGGUUAAUGGAUGAAUACAACAAUAUAUCAGAUGUUGAACUCGAUAAACUCAUGAAUCAAAUUGAGAUUCCUCCAGAAAACGUCACCAGCAAGAUGGCAUUCCUUAACUCACACAAGAUAGAAUAUUUACCUAUCUUCAGAUGUGGAUUUGUCCAUAUUGGAAACAGUCAAAUUCUUUUAGAUAAUAACAACCAAAAAACUCUCAUGAUAUGUGACUACAAAUAUGGACCUACUUCGACACAUACAUAUGUUAAGGCCGCAUUCAAGAAUUUUGAAAACAAUCAUCUGAAAUUCCCUAUGGUUGUUACAAGGAUGCGUAGUAUAGAUAGUGUUGUAGAAUUUACCGAAUAA